CGAGAGCCUUACUGAAGUGUUGAAGCCUUGCCUGCCCUCCCCCCGCAGCCCUACGCCAUCCACGCCUCCAUCUAACGGCCCUUUCUUUCUCUGUAACCAUUUUGUUUCUCUAAGCAACAUCAUCUCUUGAAAAGACAAAUUAUAACGACUAAUAAUAUUGUGGAAGGGUUGCGAUCGCGUCAAGUGUUGUAGUUGAUUUGCCAGGGUGUUGCAGCUUCACGAAGCUAUCCGGAUACCACGAACACUACGAAGACUGCCAACCGCCACAACCACCUUGCGACACAGUCUCCCGACCAGUGCUGAAUAUCCGCAUCGAAUGAAGGCACUCUCGUGAAGGCUUGCGCCAGUGCGAGUGCAGUUGUCGCAGCCAUGGCUACCAACACAAUUGAUCUCGUCGUUCAGCGACUGAGCGACCCAUCCACAGAUGUCAAGGUCAAAGUCGAGGCGGCAGGCCAGUUGCGCGACAGCUUGGAACAUUACAUCUCGGGCAACAUCUAUGGCCCUUUUUUGAAGAAACUUGUGCCAAUCUUCAUCAACAUCCUUAAGAGCCCUCCAGUCUUCAUCAGUACAUCUGCGGAACAGAAACUGCGGAACUGUGUCCUCGAAAUCCUUCAUCGAUUGCCAACAAACCCUCCUGAGCCAUUCGAGCCAUAUGCCGAAGAAGUGGUGGAUUUGUUAAUGAACCUGGUCAGAGUUGAUAAUGAGGAGAAUGCUUCGCUAUGUGUCAAGACGAUCAUGGAUAUCAUGCGCCAUCAGACGAAAGUGCUGCAGGAUAAAGUGCAGCCUUUUCUCAGUCUGAUCCAAGAGCUGUUCGACCAGAUGGAAUCCGUGGUCAGAGAUCAGCUCGAUAACCCCACACCGAAUGUCCCAUCGACGCCAGGGAGCUCGCAGACCUUUCAGAACUCUCCUCGUCCAGGUUCUCCGGUUGCUUCAGUAUCAGAUUUGGGAGCAGACCCCCAGCAGCAGACUCGCCCAUUGCUGAAGGGCAUGCAAUCUUUCAAGGUACUAGCAGAAUGCCCAAUCAUCGUUGUAUCGAUAUUCCAGGUAUACCGAAAUACAGUUGGUCCAAAUGUGAAGCUUUUUGUACCUCUGAUUAAGAGUGUUCUGUUACUCCAAGCGAAACCUCAGGAGCAAGCGCAUGCCGAUGCUGCUGCAAAGGGUACCAUAUUCACAGGAGUCAGCCCCAACAUUCGUAAUAGAGCUGCGUUUGGAGAAUUCAUCACAGCCCAGGUGAAGACGAUGAGCUUUUUGGCAUACUUGCUCCGAGUGUACUCGCAGCAACUCACGGACUUCCUUCCAACUCUUCCCAAUAUCGUCGUUCGGUUACUGAAGGACUGCCCGCGCGAAAAGUCUGGAGCGAGGAAGGAACUUCUGGUGGCUAUUCGACACAUCAUAAAUUUCAAUUUCCGGAAGAUCUUCUUGACCAAGAUUGAUGAACUCCUGGACGAGAGGACGUUAAUUGGUGAUGGCCUCACCGUGUAUGAGACAAUGCGUCCACUGGCAUACAGCAUGCUUGCUGACUUGAUUCAUCACGUCCGGGAUGCUCUCGAGCCGCAGCAGAUUCGAAAGACGGUCGAAGUUUACACCAAGAACCUGCAGGACAGCUUUCCUGGUACCAGUUUCCAGACGAUGAGUGCCAAAUUGCUUCUUAAUAUGGCAGAGUGUAUUGCGAAGAUGCCCAACAAAGGCGACGCUCGCCAUUACCUGAUAAUGAUCUUGAAUGCAAUUGGAGACAAGUUUGCUGCCAUGAAUCGACAGUAUCCAAACGCCGUUAAGCUUUCCAAAUUAUACGCUCAACAAUCAAUCGAUGCAUCGCCUGACAAUUAUCUCGCCGACAAAGAACAUCCACCGGAUUGGGACGAAAUCGACAUCUUCACAGCAAUGCCUAUUAAGACAUCAAAUCCCCGCGACCGAGGUGCGGACCCUGUGGCCGACAACAAGUUCCUUUUCAAGAACCUCAUGAACGGAUUGAAAAACACGUUCUAUCAGUUAAAGGCAUGCAACGUCGGGGCGCCAAUCGAUGCUGCCAAUGCACCAGCACACUGGCAAGAAGUAUCGUAUGGCUUCACAGCGGAAGAAGUUCAAGUCAUCAUCAAGCUGUUCCGUGAAGGUGCCUACGUCUUCCGUUACUACGAGAUUGAAAAGCCAGCCACAGAGUCUCAAUACUCCUCCCCUGUUGAGUUUAUGGCCAACCACUACAUGAUUUCCAGUAGCAAGGAAGAGAAGGAUCUCCUGGAGACAUUCGCGACCGUCUUCCACUGCAUCGAUCCUGCCACUUUCCAUGAAGUGUUCCACGAAGAGAUCCCGAAGCUCUACGAUAUGAUAUUUGAACAUACAGCACUUCUCCAUGUGCCACAAUUCUUUCUGGCAAGCGAAGCCACAUCCCCGAGCUUCGCCGGUAUGCUACUCCGAUUUCUCAUGGAUAGAAUAGAUCAAGUUGGUACCGCCGAUGUCAAGAAGUCAUCUAUUCUCCUUCGAUUGUUUAAGCUUGCGUUCAUGGCAGUGACUUUGUUCUCAAAUCAAAAUGAGCAGGUACUCUUGCCUCAUGUUCUUGACAUCGUCACAAAGUCCAUUGAGUUGUCAACAACUGCUGAGGAGCCAAUGAACUACUUCCUGCUUCUCAGGUCGCUAUUCCGAAGCAUAGGUGGUGGCAAGUUCGAACAUCUCUACAAGCAGAUCCUCCCACUGCUAGAAAUGCUUCUGGAGGUCUUGAACAACUUGCUUCUGGCCGCAAGAAAGCCCGCCGACCGUGACCUCUAUGUGGAACUGUGCCUGACUGUUCCAGCAAGGCUGAGCAAUUUACUUCCUCAUCUGAGUUAUUUGAUGCGACCGUUGGUGGUGGCUUUGAGAGCCGGCUCUGACCUUGUGGGACAAGGAUUGCGGACACUGGAACUCUGCGUCGACAACUUGACCGCUGAUUAUCUUGAUCCGAUCAUGGCGCCAGUAAUCGAUGAGCUUAUGACUGCCCUCUUCGACCAUCUCCGGCCCACGCCGUAUAGCCACUUCCAUGCUCACACCACCAUGAGAAUUCUUGGAAAGCUCGGAGGCCGCAACAGGAAAUUCAUGACAGGUGCACCGGCGCUGACAUUCCAGCAAUAUUCGGAUGAUCUAACCAGUUUCGACCUCAAGCUUAUCGGUUCCAAGAAGGAUAGAGCUUUCCCCGCUGAAAUAGGGGUUGACCUCGCCAUCGGGAAGCUGAUGGAAGUUGCGAAGGGCGCGGCCGCCAAAAAGACUGAUUCCUACUACAAGAAACAGGCUAUUCAUUUGAUCAAGACCCAGCUCAAACUUCGACUUGGCGUUGACAACCUGCCGGAAGACUUUGGAAGACUAGUGCGGCUACAAGCACAGGACUUGCUGGCCAGAAAAUGCGAGGCUGAUCUUUCCGCACUCGAGUCUUCAGACAAGGAGCGCUCAGUCUUCAAGAAGGAAGGCCAGGAUAUGAUGCUCAAGAAGCUUAUCAAGGCAUGCAUCUUCGCCGUUUCACUGCCCGAGUUCACAACCGAAGCUACAGCCUUGCUAACAAAUACGUGCAAGCAUCUCACCAUCCUGGAACUCGGAAGAUCAUUGGCAGAAAUGAGGCAAAAGACAUUACCUUUCGAUGUCAAGUCAGGCGAAGGUCCCCUUUGCAUAGAUAGCCGGGUGCUUGGUGAUGCAAUUGUUGAGUGCUUGUCUUCUGACAUGCCAGCUGUGCGAGAGGCUGCUCAAGUUGCGAUCAAGGAGGUGUACGACACCACCACCACGAUAUUCGGCUCGAACACGGAAAUCUACCGCUUAUCCUUCUUCGCAUAUCUUAGUAGCCUAUUCUGUCACAACUGCUACGAAGAGGAGUGGUUUUCCAAGGCCGGCGGAAGUCUGGGUAUCCGAUAUCUCAUCACCGAUAUCAACCUAGGUGAUGCGUGGGUCCAGGAUCGCCAGAUCGAGUUUGUCAAGGCUCUGAUGUAUGUCAUCAAGGACAUGCCAUCUGAUCUUCCUGCAAAGACCAGACGAGGCGCCCAGGAUACUCUCGAGCUUCUCCUGAAUCGUUGCUCGAAAAAUGCUUCCAAGGAUGAUCUUCAGCUACCAGCGCCAACGCAAUCUGGCCAACAACCCCGGCCAUCGAAGCUCUACCAACUCUGUGCUUUCUUGAAUGUGGAGCUGUGCCACAUGAAUCGCCAUGUCCGUGAAGCCACCAAGCGGUCCCUAGAGAUCAUAUCGAAGGAGAUUGGAGCUGAGAUCCAUGAACUUCUCGAGCCUAGUAAGGAUCGAUGUAUUCAGCCAAUCUACGCUAAGCCCUUGCGUGCGCUACCUUUUGGGGUUCAAAUUGGCUUCAUUGACGCCAUCACCUACUAUCUGGGUCUCAAGGCGGACUUUAUAACGUUUGACGAUCACCUCAACCGACUUUUGAUGGAAUCCUUGGCUCUGGCUGAUGCACCUGAUGAGUCUCUCGCAGGGAAGCCAGCCGAACACCGCACGCAUGAUUCCAUCAUCAAUCUGAGAGUUGCUUGUAUCAAGAUGUUGACGAUCGCCAUGGGCUUUGACGACUUUCAGAAAGGGGCUGGAAAUCCUACCCGGACCAAAAUAGUGUCGGUUUUCUUCAAGUGUCUCUACUCGGACUCUAAGCAGACCAUCGAAGCAGCAAAUGAGGCUCUGAAGAAAGCGCUCAUUCAGACUACCAAGCUCCCGAAGGAUCUAUUACAGAACGGAUUGCGACCGGUACUUGCCAAUCUUCAAGAUCCACGACGACUGAGCACUCACGGCUUGGAUGGUCUGGCGCGAUUGCUGCAGCUCCUAACAACGUACUUCAAAGUCGAAAUCGGUUCCAGAUUACUCGACCACAUCAAGGUUCUGGCAGAGCCCAACGUGCUCCAGCGGAUAUCCUUCACAUUGAUUGAACAGAAUGAGCAGAUGAAGAUCAUUGCUGCCGUCUUCAACAUCUUCCAUCUCCUCCCACCAGCGGCCGAGCAAUUCAAGGAACGUUUGAUCGAAACUGUUCUGGACCUUGAAGAGAAGCUCCGCCGGACCAGAUAUAGCCCAUUCAGAGUGCCACUGUACAAGUACCUCAACCGCUACCCCAGAGAAGUGUGGAUGAUGCUGCUGGGCAAGAUUGAAGACCAGAAGUAUGGUCGUUUCUUGGCACAAGUUCUGGAACAUCCAGAAAGUGGUCCUUUGCGGGAGGUUGUCGUGAACGGUGUUGAAUCCUUGAUCAAGAACUGUGGAGACAUGGGUGCUGAAAACAAAGAAACACGGUAUGCAGCAGUCAUCAAUGCCAUUAACAUCAUGCACUCGAUCUCAAAAUUUGAGACCGACAAGACUAAAGAGUGGAUGGACAAGAAGGAGAACAUGGCGUGGUUCAAGAUGGUGGGGCAGAAUCUUGAGCUCCAUCUUCGAACAAAUACACUUCCUCCGAACCUCCGACUUGCAGCCGAGCAGGCUGGAGAGCAGCUCAUGGUUAUCUUGACCAAAUUUCUCGAGUACCACCCCAACGACUUGGAUGAACUCUUCAAACUGGUCGAUUUGGUCACCGCUGAGAGGCUGAAGCUCAGUCAGACCCUCAUCAAGUACGUCUAUGAUCGAAUCAUCAGUUCUGAUUCCACGGAGUACUGGAAGUCGGUCGUCAUGAGGUCUUUGGAAGUGUACGCUGGAAAGUCGGGGUCGCAGAAGACAAAGACCUUCCUGCUCCACAAUCUGGUCAAUCCAAUUAUCGCUAUGGAUGUAAUGAGAAACAGCACUCAUGCAUCCCCAGGUAGAGGGACUCGCUUGAUGGACAAGGCUGUGAUUGAGUCCAUUCAUACCAAGAUCUGGAAGGUCAGUUUCGGAGACUCCAACGAUGAUCUCUCGCAGCCGGGCAUCGACCACACUCGUAUGGAGGUUCUCCAGUUGACCGCCAUGCUUGUCAAAUACCAUCAUGCCAUUCUGCAAGAUGCCAGGAAGGAUAUCAUCAAGUUCGGCUGGACUUACAUUCGCUUGGAGGAUGUCAUAAAUAAGCACGCUGCGUAUGUUGUCAUUGGGUACUUCAUUGCACAUUAUGAAACUCCAGCCAAGAUCGUGCAGCAAGUCUACUUCUCCCUUCUGAAGACAAAUCAGAACGAAGGCCGUGCACUCGUAACGCAGGCUUUGGAGUUGAUUGCUCCGGUGCUUCCCAAACGCUGCAGUCCUGCUCCCGGUGAUCGCAAUCCCGUAUGGGCAGCGGCCCCCCGACGUAUCUUGUCCGAAGAGGGCCAGAAUGUUCAGCAGAUGACAAGCAUAUUCCACUUCCUCGUCAAGCACGCAGAUCUCUUCUACGACUCAAGGGACAAGUUUGUCAACCUCAUCGUCGGCUCUCUCAGAAAGAUUGCACAGCCUCCUAAUCCAUCAAAUGAGAGCAAGAAGUUGGUCCUUAACCUGAUGACUUUGAUCUGGCAGUGGGAGCAGAAGCGUGUUGAAGGAAAGGACGCCUCACCUGUUUGUGCCUUUUCGGAGUCCCCAAACACAAAGAAGCGCAAGCUCGAGGCGCUCAACGAUGCAUCGGCAUCUUCGCCUUCGCCCUCCAAGCCCGGAUCGUCGAACUCAGCCGACAAACCAGAGUACAAAAUCCCGGGCCCGGUCCAGCAGAAGAUGAUCAAGUACCUUGUCGAAUUCAUCGCUUCGCUAACCGAGCGCUUUCCGCUUCCUUCCGCCAAGUCUAGAGAUCUGGGUUCAUCCCACGCUCCAGUACAGCCGGCUCCGUCAGUGGAGAUGUGCAAGAAAGCAAUUGCUCUCCUCUAUGGCCUUUUGCAGCCUCAAUACUGGGGUGAGUCGAUGGUGGACUUGUUUCCAAAUGUGACAGACACGGUGUUGGCAAGCGAGCGGACCACAGCCGCCUUGGCGAGUGAGCAUUCUGAUAAGGACAAGCCUGACGAGAAGUUCAUUACGAACAUGGUCAACACGCUUCAGAUCGUCCGAAUCAUUGUCAACAUCAAGUCCGACGCCUGGAUCCUCUCGAACAUGGGCAAUCUUCAGCGAAUCUUGGAGAAAGCUUUGAAGUCCGAGAAUCCGGAACUUCAAGACUGUCUACACACUGCCGAAGAAAAGAUGGACGAAGGUCGCAACCUGAAACCUCUUCUCAAGCGUAUCCUCGACGCAGUACCAGAUGAUGUUCCCAUGGAAGAUGCCGAUGCUGAAGGAGAAGCGGAGGCCUCGACUUCCGAGAUUAUCACGUUCCUCUCAACAAUUGCCACCGAGACUCUCUCCGCCAACAAUUACAUCUCGGGUAUCAACAUAUUGUGGACUCUGGCACAGAGAAAACCUUCGGAGAUGGAUCAGCACAUUCCCCAGAUUAUGAAGGCCUUGCAGUCCAAGCUCGCUCGUGAGCACGUUGCUCACUACAAUGCCAUACUCGGCCAAACUGGACUCGUUGCGCCCAUUCGACCAGGAGAAGCAGAGCCAGCUGGUGUCAUGACUCCGUAUGACCUUGAGAUCCAGACCGGCCUUAUGCUGAAAGCCAUUGAUGUCAUCUCGAUGAGAAUGGAUGUUCUUGGCGACAACCGUCGUCCAUUCCUCAGCGUUCUAGCCACAUUGGUCGAAAAGUCAAUGAGCAAUCCUCUAUGUCUGAAAAUCUUGGACAUGGUAGAGACGUGGGUCUUCAAAUCGGAAGGAUCAUGGCCCACACUGAAAGAGAAGACUGCUGUUCUCCAUAAGAUGCUGACCUUCGAGAAUCGCACAGAUCAGACUUUAUUGAUGAAGUUCCUUGAGCUCGUGAUCCGCAUUUACGAAGACCCCAAGAUCACCCGGACCGAGCUCACUGUUCGCAUGGAGCAUGCCUUCUUGAUCGGAACCCGGGCUCAAGAUGUUGAAAUGCGAAAUAGAUUCAUGGCAAUAUUUGACAAGAGCCAGUCGAAAACAGCCAGCGCUCGGUUGGCGUAUGUCAUUACCGCACAGAAUUGGGAUACCUUGGCCGACUCAUACUGGCUCGCACAGGCAUCACAACUGCUGCUUGGUGCUGUUGACAUGAACAGCUCUAUUCACCUUCAUAGAGAGGACUUCAGGACCAUGCCUGCUUCGGCUCUCUUCCAGACCUACGCCAGCGAUCCCCGAUCCCCUGACCUCCCAACCGAUACUGUAUACGACAGUCUGCUGCAUUCACACCGAAGAUUCGUGGCAGAGCUUGGAGAUGUGAGAGUACGAGAUAUCAUUGAGCCACUCACUCAGUUGCAGCAUCUGGACCCCAAUGUCGCCCAAGAGAUUUGGAUUGCAUUGUUCCCAAUGUAUUGGGCCGCUAUGCCCAAGGACGAGCGAGGCGAGGUCGAACGGGGAAUGGUGGCACUGCUUACCAAAGACUAUCACUCCCGCCAAGUCGAUAAGAGGCCCAACGUCGUACAGUCACUGCUCGAAGGGGCUGCAAGAUCCUGGCCAGACUGCAAAAUUCCUCCUCAUGUGCUCAAGUUCGAGGCUAGAACCUAUGAUGCCUGGUACACCGCCCUUAUCCAACUGGAGAACGCCGCUAUCAAGCCAGAAUCCGAUAGUGCGCUGGUUCGAGAAAGCACGCUGGAUGCUUUGGUUGAAUUGUACGCCGGCUUGAAUGAAGAUGACUUGUUCUAUGGAACGUGGCGUCGAAGAUGUCUCUAUGUCGAGACGAAUGCUGCGCUUUCGUACGAGCAGAAUGGCAUGUGGGACAAGGCUCAAAAUGGGUACGAGACAGCUCAAAUUAAGGCACGAACUGGCGCUCUUCCAUUCUCUCAGGGCGAAUACAUGCUUUGGGAGGAUCAUUGGGUCUUGUGCGCUACAAAGCUCCAACAAUGGGAAAUACUCUCAGACUUCGCUAAGCAUGAGAAUUUCCAGGACCUGUUGCUUGAGUGUGCCUGGAAACAAAUCGAAAUGUGGAACUCACCAGAGAAUCGCGAGUCCUUGGAUGGUCUCAUCAAAGGUGUCAUGGAUGCACCUACUCCUCGGCGAACAUUCUUCCAGGCUUUUAUGUCCCUUCUCAAGCUUCACAAUAAGACAGAGUCGCCAGCUGAGUUCAGCAAGGUUUGCGAUGAAGCAAUUCAACUUUCGAUUCGCAAGUGGCAUCAGCUUCCAAAGCGCAUCACCAAUGCACACAUCCCUCUUUUGCAAAACUUUCAGCAACUUGUGGAGCUUCAUGAUGCUAGUGUUAUCUGCCAAAGUCUGGCACAAACUAACCAGGCCAAUCUUGACAUCAAAUCCGGCGAGCUCAAGUUACUCCUUGGAACUUGGAGAGACCGCCUGCCAAACGUCUGGGACGACAUCACGGCCUGGCAAGACCUGGUCACUUGGAGACAGCAUAUCUUCAGUCUCAUCAACACCACCUAUCUAGGCCUUUUGCCACAACAGGGGCAGAAUGCAAAUGGAGCCUCAUUCGCAUACCGAGGCUACCAUGAGACUGCGUGGAUCAUCAAUCGUUUCGCCCACGUCGCUCGCAAGCAUCAACUGCCAGAAGUCUGCAUCAGCCAGCUUAGCAGAAUUUACACACUGCCGAACAUCGAGAUCCAGGAGGCCUUCUUGAAGCUCAGAGAGCAAGCCAAAUGCCAUUAUCAGAACCCGAAUGAGUUGAGUAACGGCCUCGACGUCAUCAAUAACACCAAUCUCAACUACUUCGGUCCCAACCAGAAGGCAGAGUUCUACACGCUUAAGGGGAUGUUCUUAGAAAAGCUGGGUCAAAGAGACGAAGCUGCCGAAGCAUAUGGCAUGGCUCUGUUCUUCGACAUCAAACUUCCAAAGGCCUGGGCAGAGUGGGGAUACUACAAUGAUCGUCUUUUCAAGGAGAAUCCCACGAACUACACAUAUGCCAAGAAUGCCUUGAGCUGCUAUUUGGAGGCAGCCGGCUUGUUCAAGAAUGCCAAAUCGCGGAAAUUGUUGACUCGAAUUCUCUGGCUAUUGAGUCUUGAUGAUGCCGAAGGUACUCUGUCUGCACAAUUUGACGACUACAAGGGCGAAACUCCUGUUUGGUACUGGAUCACGUUCAUACCCCAGCUCUUGACUGGGUUGGGCCACAAGGAGGCACCAAAAGCCCAUAGCAUCCUCGCGAAGAUUGCAAAAGCCUACCCACAAGCACUGUACUUCCAGCUCAGAACCAGUCGCGAAGACAUGAUGGCAAUCAAGAAAGUCCAGGACAUCAAGGAGGAGAAAGAGCGUCGCUUAAAGGCUAGACAAAAUGCAAACGGUACUCCAAAUCCAACUGGUUCGCCGAGCGUUCAACGUCAGGAAACUCCCGCAGGUGGACGGCCAGAUUCUGCAGCAGGGUCUCGUCCAGCGACCGCGAACCCUGAAGGCAAUUCGGCGGUCAAGAAGGAAACUGGCGAUACAAAUGGAACAGCUGAACCCGCCACCAAUGGUACCCAGGUCGUUUCACACAAGAAGCCGUGGGAGCACAACGAAGAGAUCCUGGCCGUCCUCAAGACCGCCUUCCCUCUCUUGGCCCUCUCGAUGGAGAACAUGGUGGAUCAAAUUCAGAAGCACUUCAAGUGUCCCCCAGAUGAAGAUGCGUAUAGACUGAUCACUGCCCUACUGAAUGAUGCUCUGUCAUACGUCAGCCGCGCGCCGAACUCUUAUGCUCAGGACGUCAAACUCCCAGCUGCCACAGAAGCGAACAUCACCCGUUUUGCAGAGACCAUUCUCCCUGCUCAUAUCCGAACUUCUUUCGAAGCGGACUUCGUCAAGACCAAGCCAACUAUGCAUGAAUAUAUCCACAAGUUGCGGAAGUGGCGCGAUAAGUUUGAGUCCAAGCUUGACCGCAGACGGCCGUUCGCCUAUCUGGAGACCUACAGUCCCCACCUCAGCGAGUUUAGAUUCCAGAAAUUCGACGAGGUUGAAGUUCCCGGGCAAUAUCUACAACACAAAGAUAAGAACCAGGACUUCGUUCGCAUUGAGCGUUUCCUGCCAACCGUGGAUCUUGUCCGUGGCAUUGGAGUUUGCCAUCGUCGUCUCAAGAUCCGUGGUCAUGACGGAAGUGUACAUCCUUUCGCAAUUCAGCAUCCGGCAGCCCGCCACUGCAGACGCGAAGAACGAAUCUUGCAACUUUUCAGGCAUUUCAAUGGUAGCUUGAGUAAGCGCAAGGAGAGUAGACGCCGUAACUUGAACUUCCACCUGCCACUCAUGAUUCCAUUGGCUCCUCACAUCCGAAUGGUUCAGGAUGACCCAACUUACAUUUCUUUGCAAGGUGUAUAUGAGGACCAUUGCCGAAAGAGCGGCAUGUCAAAGGAUGAUCCCAUACUGUUCACAAUGGACAGAAUGCGGGCACUGGUUGAGACUAAGAAAUACUCUGAACAGACCCUACCUGCUAGAAUGGAGAUAUUCACUUCGAUUCAAGAGAAGUGGGUCCGCCAUACUCUCGCCUUGGAGUAUUUCACGAAGACCUACCCAGGAUACUCCGAAUUCUGGCUCUUCCGACGUCAAUUCUCGUACCAGUUUGCAGCACUCACAUUCAUGACAUACAUUCUCCACAUGCACAACCGAUACCCUCACAAGCUCAACAUCGCCCGUGGUACUGGAAACAUCUGGGGUUCUGAGCUUAUGUCAUGCAUGGCAGCUGGGAAAGCAUUCUUCCACAAUCCCGAGCCGGUGCCUUUCCGUCUCACGCCGAACUUACAAACUCUUAUGGGUCCUCUCGCCACUGAGGGUAUUUACAGCUGUGCGAUCAUGGCCAUUGCACGAUGCCUCACAGAGCCAGAUUACGAGCUCGAGCAACAACUCAGCUUAUUCGUGCGAGACGAGAUGAUUCAUUGGUUCACUAGUCAGCAUCGACAGGGAUCGAUGGCUGACGGCCAAUUGAGGGAGACGGUCCAAGCAAACAGUGAGAUCAUUGUCAAGAGGACAUUGAGUCUUGCGCAGAGCCCGGCGGGGUCAUUACCGGCAAACCAGACGGUGAUUGAUUUGAUUGCAAAGGCGGUCAAUCCUAUGAACUUGGCACAGAGUGAUACUUUAUUCAUGCCUUACCUAUGAGCGGAGGGAUAUGGAGGGGAGGAGGAGGAAUUGAAUAGCUGGAGAGGCUAGAGGUUAUUGGUGAAAGCAUAUGUUUGUAAUGAUAUGGGCUUGAAAUUCGAAAGGCCGUCGAGAACCGGUGGACCUUAUUUUAGCGCGGUGUUUGGCUUUGCUGGGAAUGGUGAUAAAGGGACGUUUGACCUAAAAGUGUGUUCGUGGUUUCUCUGUACAAUCGAUAGAGACUUAGUAAUUACAUAGCAGUGAGU